AUGUCUCGCGAGUUCCGUUUCGACGAAAAUGUCUCAGAGAAACAGUUGAAUCACCAAUCAACUUCGCUGGUCGUGCCCAGCAUCACCAGAGCGAGAAUACACAACUCGAUGUAUUACAAGGCCAACCUUGAUGCAGCGUCCCUAAGAGGCAACAGCAUGCUGCAAUUGUCCACAACCAUGCUUAAAGAAUUGGGUACAUGUCGUGGAGCUAGUAGCCGAAUGAGUAUCGUGUGUGGAGGUGUCGAAUUCAAGUGCCUACUGAUGAAAUUGGUACACAUUAGGCCAACAUGGGCUCAAUUGCUGGUAAUCUUGCAAAAGGGUCAUGAAAAGCACUCCAGGUUUGAUAACAAGUAUCUGGUGGUAUUGGUACUUACGUAUUUGCGCUUGCAGUACUAUUUUCUACCAAGGCCCUCAGAGACUUCGCAUUUGAAAGGAAUUCGAGAUUUCAACAAAGAUCAGAACGUAACGGCUGAAAAUCUCAAAAAUCUGCUACUUCUGUACAUCCGUGACUAUCGCAAGGUGAAGUGUAUGGCGCUUGAUGCCGACUGCUGGGUACAAGGCGGGCCACAGAAGGUUGAGAUCAGACAUAUCGAUGAAAUUGUCGAUUGGCUAUGCACCGAGAGUCAGAUCUGGGCUCUUCCCUUGGGGCAGUGUCAAUGGUGCGAUAUUUAUGCAGAAAAUGAAUCAGAGAGCGAGAGCGAAACUGACAGUUCUGAAUCGGGGUCUGACGACGAUUAA